GAAGUGCUUGAUGCUGGGGAUUUCCCAGUGGAAGUUCCCAGCUAUGUAUGCAUAGAACAGAGGGUAACUGAGUGCGGUUUAAUAUAUUUUUAUUACUGUAGCACUCUUACACCACAGAAGGGGACUAAACACUGCCGAACAAGUUUAUAGAACGGGUUCUGUAUUACCUAAACUUAGUGUUGCCUGUCCAGUGACGGAUACAAAUGUGUUUUUCAUUAAGGAGCACUUGGAGGAUAACCUUUUAAAGUUUGUGUUGGAAUCCUACAGCAGUUCUUCGAUGAAGACAUGAGGAAAGAUAACCCCAUUCAAAAAUGAAGUCACACCCAGGUAAAUCCAACUUCAGAAACCACCUGAUGUGUGAGCAUCACUACAUUGCAGACGACUACAUAACAAAACAAAGAGAAGACUGCUUUUGUUAAGUUUAUGAUAUACCAGAAUGUACUGUUGUCAUUGAACUGGAAAAUGAGGUUCGCAGAAGUAAUAACAGCCACAAAUGGCAGAUGAAGGAGAGAAUAUAGAGGAAGUUUCACUGAUCGUGCAUUUAAUUUACUUCUGUUAGUGAUGGUACAGUUCUGGGAAGAAUGGAUAAAACUUCUGCAGCACAGCUUAACAAAGCAUAUGAAGCCUUCCGACAGGUAUAUAUGGAGAGACAGACAGAUCAAAAGCAAUUUAAACAAAAGAUCAGAGAGUAUGAACAUUGCUUGAAACUCCUACAGGAUGAAAGCUUGGAACAGAAGAAAACCAUUUUAUGCCUACAGUCAGAGCUGGGCGCUGGCAAAGGUAAUGUGCAUGGGACUGCUUAUACACAAGAGAACAUGACAGAAGAUAGUGAAAGAGGACUUCCGAAACUCGAGAGGCAUGAACUUACAGUUCCUCACGAUCAGCUGUUUGAGAAACUGAAAAUUGCUUCACAUCAAGAAAAUUAUUUAAAGGAUGAGCUAACACUGGAAAGAAAUAAGGUGAAGAAAAUGGAAGAAGAACUUAAGAUGAUGAAAUGGACACUGGAGUCCAUCGUAAUUGCUAAGGAUAAAGAAAUCCUCUCCUUGAAACAGCAGUUAAUGGAUUCAGGUAGAUUGAAUCCACCUGAGAUGGACAGUUUGGAGGAGAAAUAUGAAACAUCUGACAAAUCAACAAGGACCACAUUUCAUUCCCCAAAUUCAGAGAUUUCCACAAAACAAGCUCCUUCCCGGGAGGAAAUGGAAUGUGUCUUCCAGGAGAUUAAAGGAGAAUUUGAUCGAUUACGUGCUUUAACUAGAAGGCAGUCAGCUCACCUGGGAAAACUUAAGUUCGACGUCAAAACAAAUGAUAUUCAUGGACAACUUAGAUGCAGUCUUGACAGAAUUAAAACCUUCAGAAGUUCUGAUCAGUUAUUCAUUUCUUAUAAAGAAGACCAGUUCUCUAUGCCUAUUCAGUGCACUGAUGUUCCUCCUGAACAAACAGAACGACCUUUUAAAUCUUCAGAGAGGAAGUACCCUGAUAGAGAUGUGGUCACACUGAUUACGCCAAGAGGACCAGGUGAACAAGAGGAUUAUUCCUGUUAUGUGCUACCAUUGGAUAAACUUGAUAUUAAGUUUCCACCACCACCUGAUCUUGAUUUCUUGAAAAGUUCAACUGAUAAACCAGUAGAAAUUGAAGCUGCAAUGAAAACUCAGCAAAACUCAGAUCUAAGUUGUCAAGCAUUGCUUAGACUAAAUAGUUCAGAAGAAGCACCUGGAAUUGAAAUUAACAAUAUAGUUCCACCAGUGCCACAGUGUGAUCAACGUAAUAAACACCUAACCGAUUUAAAUAUAUUGGCAGCCACUAACAUGGACAGGCAUCAGUUACCAAAUUCUACAAGACAGGUUAUAAAUACUCCCAUCUGUAAAGUUGACACGUCUGGAACUGUAGGGCUACCACAAGCAGCAGAACGAACUGUAAAAGGACCUCAGCAGGCCUUGUGGAAGCCUUUUCAGAAUCAAGACAGUGAGAGGUCUAAUGUAUGUGAAUUCUGCCAUGCCGUCUUCCCACCAUUCUCCAUAUCCUCAGACGAGUUUUUUCGCCAUCUUUUUUUACAUUUAGAAAACCCGUCUAAGAAUGGGUUGUGACGCAUUUGAUAGCUCCUGGAACAUCCUGGAGGAUCAACUAUGAAACUACACCCUUGUUUGAGAUACGGGUAUAAAAAAGACUCCCAGAUAACUGGACAGUAAUGUCUCUAUUGAAGCACGUGGCAUUGAAACUUAUCUAUUUACAUCUUUCAGAUGGUCACUCUUAAUAAUGUGGUAUUGCUGAACAUUGUACAGAAUCUGCUGCCUCAAAAUGUUUUAUUUAAAUACAUGACCACAGACUAUCGUAUUUAUGACUGAUCUGUAUAAACCUUUAUAUACAUUUGCAAAGAACAGAUGGCUUCAUAACCUCUGUUGGUCUAAAUCAUAUUAGCCUGCAUUUUCUAAUCAUUACAGUUUGGAAUGUUUUAUUUACUUUACUUUUCUCAAUACUUUAUUAAAUGUUUUAAAGUAUAAUACUUAUCCAAUAUAAGUUAUUUUAGAACCCAAAACUGCUACAGUUUUUAGUUCACUAAUGUCAUGAUGUCGGUCUUUUGUAUGUUCCUGUGUUUAAAGAAAUCUACUUACUUGAUAUUUAUCUCAAAGGCACAAUAUUGUAUGUACAUAGAUAUAUGAAUACCCCUUUCUUUAGGACUUGCACACAUCUGUCUGAAAUUCUCCGUUUUGUGCAGCAGGUAUUUUCCAUGAACUGAUGAUAUAAAGUAUGCUAUAUAGGUUAAACAAUAUGCUGCAAGCUGAGGAAAAUAGUUUGUAUGACUUUCCCUUCAUGUAUACUUUUAAUUUAUGCAGGUAAAUACUUUGUGUUUUCCUGAAAGCAAUGUUGUGCAGCAUUUAUAAUUUAAAAUUUUAUAUACUCUAAUCUGAACCUUAACAUCUUUGUAGUUAUGUUAUUCAUUUCAUCUUUUAGUUGAUUGUGUAUCAGUAGUUCUUUUUAUUUUUAGUAAACAUGCUCUCUGUUCAUGCUUAGUAAAUAUAUAAUACAGAAUAUACUUACGCCUGAGUAAUGACUUCAGCUAAGCAGUCAUGUUGCCUUUUCAUGUCAUUUUUAAGUAAUAUACAGGUAGCAUGAGAACAAACAACCUUGCAAGCUUCCCGAUUACACGUAACACUUCCACUUGUAGGGUACAUCACAGUAUUUAUUAGCAUUAAACCUAAUUUAUGAGUUUGUAGUAUUGGAAGAUAUGCAAUUUAUUGUCUAAGUUCGGUGAAUAUACACUGAAGAGUACAGCCUAGUUGAACAAAACAAUAUAGAUGUCAAGAAUGUGAUUCCAGCAUUGUGUAAAGUGCUCUAGAUGACUAAAUUACAGUUAGUGGGGAAAUAUUUGUCUGUUUUGCAUAUGGACUCUCACAAUAUGGUAGAAACUCCUUUUGCACCAUGCAUGCAACACAUGUGAGUUUUAUUAAGGCAUACAUUCUCUUCUACUGACUGGUCUUUGGAAGAAGCCAGCCAGCUUAGUAAUCAAUCAUUUCAUGACAACAUUUUUGAAGUGUGUCCCUAAUGGGAAAUCUGUACAUACAAUAUAGAAGUUAAAACUCUCAGUACCCAAAUCCAGCAGAACUUUUUCCCAACUUCCCAAAUGUCCUGCAAACCUCUGAGACUGGGUUAUAGAACAUAUUGACUAUUACAGCUCUCACUGGACCUCCUAGCAAUUGUGGACUUGCUAUAUUCUCUGAUAAAAGAAUUGUAGUUUAUUGGCCGUUUGGGCAGUUUUUCCAUCUCUUUCAACUUUCUGGUUUAAAAGCCCGCGUUUGC